AUGAUCUUGACCAAAACCAAGGGCCUGGCCAUGGUGUACUACAUCACGAACUACGCCACCAAACUGGAUACGCCGAUGUGGAAGCGCAUUGCUCGCCACCGAGGUCCCACCCUGCCCGACGACAGGCAGCAGGCAGUUUUAAACAAGAGCCGUCAGUUCCUGAUGAGAACGGCAAAUCGGAUCUUCUCCGAGCGACAACUCUCGGCCGUCGAGGCCGGCGAGCUGACGGACGCUGAACAGCCCCCGGAGACCAUCCCUCUGAGGCAAGGAGGGCGAACGCUUCUAUGCUUAGAUGCGUACGCCUACCGGGGCCAUGUUCUACGGGACUUAUGCCUGUAUGACUACAUGUCGAUGAUUCAUUUGGAUUCCGACUGUGACGGCUGGAUGCAAAAGCUUCGACGGCCCGACCAGUACGCCGUCCCGAUCUUCCAAGGAUACAUCAGCGACGACCAUGACGACGAUCACCCAGUGUAUAUUAAGCGAAAUUCUGUCCUACAUUUGGCACGCGAAGCUCUGGGCCACUCGAUCGGAGGUGACGACACAAUUGACGUCGAGUACCCACUUGACGAUGGCCGCUACGAAGAGGAGCCUCCAGCGAUGGCCCAUCGUCAGGCCUACAGAGCUCUACUCCAGAUUUUGCGAAAUGCCGUGCAAGAUACAGACGCCACGAAAGACUCCCCCGUCCUUGGAGGUUUAAUACGCGACCUGUGCGAAGAGAACCCGGCUGAAGAAGAACAGCCUUUUGUGCUACGUCAGGACGAUCUAUACCGGAAUAUACCCCAUGAUCAAGGUGACGCCUUGUGCCAAUUUCCAAUCUCUCGAGACGAUGUCCAAGCAGCGGCCAAAGCCCAACGACUAUUGCAUCUUCGGAUGCUGGAUGAUAUCGAGGCUGGUUCUCAGCGCACCGUACUGUCCGCGAAUGGCACCGACAUUGACGAUACCCUAGCUCGUUACGGCGAUAUGGAGUCCGCCGCUGCGCUCCCGGGUAGUGACCUCGAUGAACAAGGCCCUCGGAUGCUUGUCGACGUCAGUCCGGUCACUAGCUUCGUGGAGAUGGGACGCACCACCGCCGCUAGCUUUACACUGAACUAUCUACAGACCAUGGCCCUUCAACUCGUUUGCGUAUUUCUGGACAAGUAUACUGCCGAUCCGGACUCAGCUGGCAGUUCGGCGGCCCAGAUUGGCGGCACGACGAUCCACUCGGCCUGUGGGUUAGAUUCCCAUCGCGAUCCAAACAAACCGCCUCCCCCCUUCUCGGAGGCGAAGAAAUGGAUAUGGAAACUGAAGCUGGUACUCGUGAUUGACGAGGUCAGUAUGCUGGGAGGAGCCACUCUGCACAACGUCAGUCGUCACCUGCAGGCACUCCGUGACUGUCCGGACGAGCCGUUUGGUGGGAUGCCUGUCGUUCUACUGAUGGGAGACUUCUACCAGUUCGCCCCCGUGCGGGAAACAAGCCUCCUGAUCAACAGACCGCCGGACCGAACACAGACCCCCCUGCGACAAGCCACCAUCUCUCACCACAGCGGCUGCAGAUUGUGGUACAUGUUCAAAACCGUUGUGCUCCUCGAAGACCAAGUCCGCGCACGCAACGAUCCCCAACUCCGCGCACUCCUGGAUCGAGUCCGUAACGGCCGGCAGACCCAGCAAGAUCUGAGCUUGCUCAAUGCCAACAUUGUAGGACGCUCCCAAAUCACCUUCCAUGACGGUUUGCGUGCUAUAACGCCGCUGAACCGCACCCGGUGGGCCCUCAACAUGGAAGCCGUCGUGGGCUGGGCGCGCUUCAACAGGCAGCAUAUCCGUAUCUUUGUCUCGACUCACACCUGGCGCAACGGCACGCUUUCUCCAAACAUCGUAGCGCGAACCAUAGGACAAGGUGACGACUCUGCCUGCAAAGUCCCCGGCGUCUUCUUCUACGCUCAGGGCAUGCCUGUGGUUGUGAACAAAAACAUCUACACGGGUUUGAAAGUGGAUACCACUUGGCGGAUGACGUGA